AUGAUCCGACUGGAUUUCCCCACAACCAACAACGAGGCAGAAUACGAAGCCUUGGUGUCUGGGCUAGACCUCUCAAAGGCCGCAGGUGCGGAAAACAUAGUCGUACACUGCGAUUCACAGGUGGUAACAAGUCAGAUCAAUGGGGAUUACGAGUGCAAGAACGAUAGAAUGAAGAGGUACCUAGAAGAAGUAAAAUACCGAAUCGGCAACCUUGAAGUCAAAUUUGUUCAGAUCCCAAGGGAAGAAAACGAAUGUGCCGACCAUUUAGUAAAAGCUGCAUCAGCCGGGUUUAUGCUUGUCCUCGAACAAGUAUUAUCAUUCGUCCAACUCUCCUCACUUAUCGAUGACAGAAUAAGUACGGGAUACUUCUCUGACAACGGUAAACAAUUCGACAAUAGCACGUUCAGAGACUUUUGCUCGGAACUAGGGAUUAAGAAUCACUACUCGUUGCCCCCGGAUGCACUACUAAGCGUCCUAUGGGAAUAUCGGACCACGGCAAGAACACCCACUGGAGAGACACCAUUUCGACUUGCAUAUGGAACUGAAGCUGUCAUUCUCGCAGAAGUGGGGCUCAUGAGCUACCGGGUGGAGAGCUACGAUGAAGAUAAGAACGAAGAGGCCAUGCGCCUCCAGCUCGACCUAGUGGACGAAGUCAGAGCAGCAGCAGAGCAGAGGUUAGCACUUUAUCAGAAUCUCAUGGCAAAACACUACAACACCAAAGUGAGGCAUAGGGACUUUCAGGUCGAUGAUCUUGUAUUACGGAAAGUAAUGGGUGCCGCUAGAGAUCCUUCGCAAGGAAAGCUCGGCCCCAACUGGGAAGGACCCUACAGGAUCGUGUCAUGGCAGAGGAAGGGCACCUACCACCUCGAGACGAUGGACGAACAAAAGCUGCAGCACUCAUGGAACACGGAGCAUCUGCAGAAAUACUACCAGUAG